UUGUAAGGAGGUUAUGAGUCAAAUAAACUGACUGACUCUGCUUUUUUUUUUUAUUAUUAUUGUUGCAGGUACCAGAUUCCCACUGAUUUGCUUACAGAUUAAAAUGAUUCUUUUUAACCCAUUUCCUCAUUAGCUAAAACACUCGAAUGUUAUAAAACUGAAACAAAAAAGUUUGUUAUUCAUUAUUCAUUUUCUUGGAGACAAAGCCAUAGAAAAAAUAAUGAAAGGAUUAGAGGGAGCAAUGGAAUUUCUCAGACCCUUCAUUGACUCUAAAGCUUGGGACUACUGUGUUGUUUGGAAACUGGGUGAUGAUCCUUCCAGGUUCAUUGAGUGGGUUGGUUGCUGCUGCAGCGGUGCUAAUGGUAAUGGUAAAGUGAAAAUGGAGAACUAUUCUGCUGCUCUUUGUAGAGAUUUUUAUUUUAAGCAUUCUAUUACCACUCAACCUUGUCUGGCUCUUGCUCAUUAUCCCUCUUUUCUGCCUUUGUAUUCUGGCAGGAUUCAUGGGGAGGUGGUGACAUCAACUCAAUCAAAGUGGAUGAUUAUCCAACCCGAUACCUCGUCCCACUCGGAUUCUUCUUAUGGAUCAGUUGGAACUAGGGUUUUGAUUCCAGUAUUUGGUGGACUUGUUGAACUCUUUGCAGCUAGACAUAUAACAGAAGAUCAGAAGAUUAUAGACUACAUUACAGGUCAUUUUAAUGUCCUAAAACAAGAGUCCAUGGUUUCACAUGGCUACUCCAGCUUCAGUGACUCUUGUAUUAAUUCAAUUCUUGAGCAGAACUUCCAAAACUUACCAUCUCCUGGGAAUUUGUUAGGCUUAAAUCCUCAAACACAAAUUAUUUUCCCAUUAUAUCAGUCGAAUACUCCUUCCAGCCUUGAAGGAUCUUCUAGUGGUUCCAAUCCUUCAAAUGAGUACCUAUCACUCAAUUCACAUUCUGGUUACUUGUUACAGAAUGAAAUGUUGAACCAGGCAAUUGAAAAGUCAUUGGUCUCGGGAAAAUUAAAGAAUGAGCAGAACUUAUUGAAGCAUAAAACAGGUCUAUUUCUAGAAUGCGAUAACAAAAGGGUCGGGAAAGUUUUGCAUAAGCCUGAAAGAGAUCAUUUUCGAUCAAAAAAUCUCGUCACUGAGAGGAAUAGAAGGAAUAGGAUAAAAGACGGGCUGUUUACUCUACGUGCUAUAGUUCCGAAGAUAUCUAAGAUGGAUAAAGCUUCCAUUCUUGGAGAUGCAAUUGAAUAUAUUGGUGAGUUGCAGAAGGAAGUGAACAAAUUGCAGGACGAGCUCAAGAAAAUUGAGGAAGAAGAAUGCAUUGUUGGCAAUGCAGAACUGAUGACUUUAAAGUUGGAGGAAUUACAUGAAGGCAAAAAAAACUGGCCUCCUGCUCAGAACAACCAAGAUUUUUCUAGCUUUUAUGAAAAGGAAAUUUUUGAGGUGCAGAUAGAAGUAAACCAGAUUGGAAAAAGAGAAUUCCUGAUUAAGCUCUUCCGUGAGCAGAAGCGAGGAGGGUUUGGAAGAUUAAUGGAUGCUAUUUAUUCACUGGGGCUUCAAGUUGUUGAUGCUAAUAUGACAACAUUUGAUGGAAAGGUCCUGAGCAUUCUCAAGAUUGAGUCUAAUAUGAAGGACAUUCAACCAAAGAAACUGAGAGAAUCAUUACUCAAGCUUAGAAUGUAGAUAAUUCAGAGGAGCAGCGCAAUGCAUGAAGACUAGAACUAGUAUUUCCAGAAUUUAAAGAGUGAAGAUGGAAAAAUCAGCCAUUCAUCUAUUUUCAUGGAGGUGAAUGUAGCAAAAUAGCUAUAUCUAUUCAAAAACUAUAGAUACACAUAUACCAUUUAGCAGUAAAUGCUCAGAAACUUUCUAGAAAUAGCAUAUAGAAACUUUGUCACCCCUUCAUUUUUGCCUCUUUUAGGGCAGAUUUUCUCAACAGGGAUCUUGUAAAUGAAAAGGGUUUACAGAAGAGUCAAUACAGAAAAAAAUUCUAAGUUUGUUUU